AUGUUCUCCCGGGAACUGUGGCUGGACAAUGAGAAAAAAUGUGCUGUGGUUCGGAAAUCUAAACCAGGCAGGAGACGCCAGGAGCUGCUGGCUGUGGCGUUGGGGGUGAAGGUAGGAGUCAAAGGUGGCUUUCUUUGGCCCCCUCUCAAACUCUUUGCCUGUUCACAGAUCUCCUCCUUGGUUCGAAGGGCUGCCCUCACGCACAAUGACAACCACUUCAACUAUGAAAAGACGCACAACUUCAAGGUCCACACAUUCCGAGGCCCGCACUGGUGUGAAUACUGUGCCAAUUUCAUGUGGGGACUCAUCGCCCAAGGAGUUCAGUGCUCAGACUGUGGGUUGAACGUACACAAGCAAUGUUCCAAGCAUGUUCCCAAUGACUGCCAACCAGAUCUCAAGAGGAUCAAGAAAGUGUAUUUUUGUGACCUCACAACACUCGUGAAAGCUCACAACACUCAGAGGCCCAUGGUGGUCGACAUAUGCAUUCGGGAAAUUGAAGCAAGAGGAUUAAAGUCAGAAGGCCUUUACAGAGUCUCUGGGUUCACUGAACACAUCGAAGAUGUCAAAAUGGCAUUUGACAGAGAUGGUGAAAAGGCAGAUAUAUCAGCCAACAUCUAUCCAGACAUAAACAUCAUCACUGGAGCCCUUAAACUCUACUUUAGAGACUUACCCAUUCCUGUCAUUACCUAUGAUACCUAUUCCAAGUUCAUAGAAGCAGCCAAAAUUCUCAAUGCAGAUGAGAGGUUGGAAGCAGUCCAUGACGUGUUGAUGUUGCUGCCUCCUGCUCAUUAUGAGACUCUCCGAUACCUGAUGAUCCACCUGAAGAAGGUGACUAUGAAUGAAAAGGACAAUUUCAUGAAUGCAGAAAACCUGGGCAUCGUGUUUGGGCCUACCCUAAUGAGGCCCCCAGAGGACAGCACCCUAACUACCCUCCAUGACAUGCGGUACCAAAAACUGAUUGUGCAGAUUCUAAUAGAAAAUGAAGAUGUUUUGUUUUAAUCCAUCAAGGAAACGAGUUUGAUAAGAUAAGGCUCAAAGAAUAAAAACAUCUUUCUCUCUUACACUUGAUUUGUUUUUCAAACAAGUAGCAGAAUUUCUUGGGCUGCAGUGGAUUGCCAAGUCGGGUACCGUGUCUUAUAGACACACACACCUUCUCCACGUGAAAACAGGGUGAGGGCAAGAGAAGCUCCCUCACCUUGUGUCUUUUGCUGUGCCUCGUAUGUAUGUAUGUAUGUCUGUUUUCUGGAAGAAUGAUUAAUAAAUCUUUAACUUAUUAAAAAAAAUGUAAAUCUUUAAAGUUCAGUCUUAAUCCGUAAUAAAAGGGAACUUAAUUCAUAGAGGUACUUGAUAAAGUUAUACAUUUUCCACUUACAAAAAGA